GACCGCCGGGAUGUUUGCUCCCCCUGGCCAUCCAUGAUCCCUCGCUCAACCCGCUGUAUGAUACAAGUACGAGUACCCGUACAGAGUACCGUACUUGUACUCGAGUACAGUGCUCGUCCAGCACGAUACGACACUGCAACGUGGCUUUAGACUAUCCAAGGCCUUGCUACCCUAUAAGUUACCGGUACUGUGCCCGUGCUCUCCAUCCCGAGCAACCCCGCCAACAACAAUACCCAUUGUUGAAUCCCUCUAACCCUAGAUUACCCCUGCCCCUAUCAUUACGGCCAGGGUCGACAUUUACGCUGCCAACAGGAAACAAACACCCCCGGCACGCCAGAGCGCCUUUCUCUGUGAACUGUAUGGAAAGCCAAGAAAUUCCUUUGGAUGCCGAACCAUCCCUCUGCCCUUAGCAAUAAAUCCUCCAGCCUACUCGGGUACAUUCGUAGUAUCUUAUCAUACCGGUAUCAUACUUGUAUCAUAUCAUACUCGAGUACCGGUAAGGGUUUCCAGCUCGAGGCCUCUCGCCCAUCACCUACGCACUAGAAAGCCUCGAAAAUACUUGACCAAACAUAUAUCACACAUCGCUCUCACUCGAUUGCCGUAUCCUUCUCGCUCCCCACAGAGCCCCUUCCCAACCAUCCAUGGACUCCCCCAUGUUAUCGCCGGCCAUGGGCUCACCAAGGCGAAAAGCGAGGUUCUCCUGUCGGCGGACCGACAAGCUGUGCUGUACCCUCGCAACCUACUUCCCACUGCUGUUCGUCUAUAGCACACUUUCGUGGGCCGUCUACACAUAUUCCUACAGUAUCUGCUGGCAGAAUGUUGGCGGCAUGAAAGGUGGUGUGCUGAGUUUUAUGGGAUUCGCCCUGUGUGCUCUUGCGAACUGGUCCUACACCACUGCUGUUUUCACGAACCCCGGAUCCCCCAUGGACACGGAUAAACACGCGUACUCUCAUCUCCCCACCACUGAAACCGCUUACCACUCCUCCAUCACGGUAAAGUCGAGCGGGCAGGAGCGCUUUUGCAAAAAGUGUGAAUGCCGGAAACCGGAUCGCACCCAUCAUUGCUCCACAUGCCGGAAAUGUGUGCUAAAGAUGGACCACCAUUGCCCGUGGUUGUCCAAUUGCCUUGGGCUCUACAACUACAAGGCUUUUCUCCUAUUUCUCAUAUAUACAUCCGUCUUCUCGCUGCUGUGCUUCGUUGUUUCAUGCAUAUAUGUUUAUCAGGAGCUCUUUUCUACUGGCGAGAAAAAAUAUUCGCCCGAGGACUUGACCCCCGUUAAUUGGGUCCUCCUAGCGGUCGUUGCUGGUGUGAUUGGGUUGGUUCUUAGCGGAUUCACCAUAUGGCAUUUAACUUUGGUAGCCUCCGGCAUGACAACAAUCGAAUCGCUGGAGAAGGUCCGUUAUAACUCGCCAACAUUGUCUCGUCGCUGCCCACCCCCGCCCGAGGAUGCUCACCAUCUCUACGACGAUCCUAACUACCAGGCCAGGCAAGAGAAUAUCGAGGCUUUCCAGCGCUACAACACCUAUAUAAUGGAGGAAGCAUCCAAUAAUCUGCCCCAUGCAUUCCAUCUCGGCCGUAGGGAGAACUUUCAACAGGUGUUCGGGGGAAAGGAUCAGUGGAUGAGAUGGUUCAUACCCGUAUUCUCCGGCAUCGGGGACGGUUGGAAUUGGGAGACUAGUAGCGAAUGGAAGACCGCCGUAGAGGCCAUGAAUAAGGAGCGGGAGAGGCUAGCUCGUGAGCAAGGGGAAAGGGAGCGUCGUGCGGGCUGGGGAUGUGAAGCACCAGGUUCGGGGGGCAACUGGAAGGGAGGGAAUCCAAAUGGCCUUGUAAAGCAUGCUACUGCCAACAGCAGUGCUCAUUUGCAACAAUCUAAGGCGGAGAGGGUUCUUGGAAGGAUUCCCGGUAGUUACAGCGAUCACGACAUGACAGGGACAGGAAGCGGAGGUGAGCGAGUCCCUCUGAGAAGGAUGAAUAAAUCUUCGGAAGAGGUGGACUUUAGCGACGAUGACGACGUUGACUGUAACGUAGACCUCGAGCAGGGGACACAUAACACAGGCACGUCGUGGGUCUCCUGGGGCCCCGGUUCGGCAGGCACAGAAACGAAUACAGGUAGAUGGGUAUAAACGCGUUUGUUAAUUAUUAGAGUUCUUAGGAAAGAUUUCGUUCCUCCUCACUUUUCACUCUUUUUCUCACCUGUUAUCAUUUGUGGGGAGCGCGGUGGCUGGCAUGUUCUCGGGGCGUUACAUUUUCCGUCUUUUUUUCUUCAUUUUUUGUUUCCCUCCCUCUCAAGGGGAUGAUGGAUGGACGGAAGUUAUUGAAUUCUCAUAAUCGGAUUGGUGGUGGUGGUGGGAGUGUGAGGGAUAGUCUAUGUAUGAAUACUAUGAUAGUUGCGCUCACGAUGAAAGAUACUUCUUUGCUGUAA